AUGCAUUGGAAAUACACAAUCGGCGUGGUUGCUUCAUUGGUGAUAACGGGAAUCAGUUGGCCCUACGAUGAGGCCCUCACUGAUUAUAAUAUUAAUGAAAAUCAAUCGGCAAAUACUCCGUUGGAGUAUUGGGGAGAAUGGCCCGACCACAUCUAUUUUCCAUCACCCGAAAAUUGGCGGUUUCCUGUAUAUACGCUUUUCCUUGAUCGAUUUGUGAACGGCGAUCCAACAAACGACAACAUCAACGGCACACUCUUUGAGCAUGACAUUGAUUCCAAUCAAAUGCGGCAUGGGGGCGAUGUAGCCGGUCUUCUUGAUACAUUGGACUAUCUACAAGGGAUGGGCAUCAAGGUUGGAUUCAUGCAUAAUUGA